ACCGAUAUAGCGGUAGUUUAUCAACAAUUUUAGUCAUAAAAUAAACUUAACUUCAUCUUAACUUUAUUGCACUCUAAAGAUAACCAUUAGAAGUAAAUCGUAAAUGCGGCUCCUUAAGCCGGCUUGGGUGCAUCACGAUGACAAACAGAUAUUCUCGGUGGAUAUCCAUCAGGAUUGCACGAAAUUCGCAACUGGUGGCCAGGGCAGCGAUUGCGGACGAGUGGUCAUCUGGAAUCUGCUGCCGGUGCUCUCCGACAAGGCGGAAUGCGAUGCGGACGUACCGAAGAUGUUGUGCCAAAUGGACCAGCAUUUGGCCUGUGUCAACUGCGUGCGCUGGUCGCAGAAUGGUCAAAAUCUGGCCUCGGGAUCCGACGAUAAGCUCAUUAUGAUCUGGCGCAAGUCUGCCGGUUCGAGUGGCGUUUUCGGUACCGGCGGCAUGCAAAAGAAUCACGAAUCGUGGAAAUGCUUCUACACACUGCGCGGUCAUGAUGGCGAUGUUCUCGAUUUGGCCUGGUCACCCAACGAUGUCUAUUUGGCCAGCUGCAGCAUUGACAACACGGUGAUCAUCUGGGAUGCCCAGGCAUUUCCGCAUUCGGUGGCCACCCUGAAAGGACACACGGGUCUGGUGAAGGGCGUCUCCUGGGAUCCGUUGGGUCGCUUUUUGGCCUCACAAUCGGAUGACCGGAGCAUCAAGAUCUGGAACACCAUGGACUGGAAUCUGUCGCACACGAUAACCGAACCGUUCGAGGAGUGCGGCGGUACAACGCAUAUCUUGAGACUGUCCUGGUCACCGGAUGGCCAAUAUCUGGUGUCCGCACAUGCCAUGAAUGGCGGCGGACCCACCGCCCAGAUUAUUGAGCGUGAGGGCUGGAAGUGCGAUAAGGAUUUCGUGGGUCAUCGCAAGGCGGUAACUUGCGUUAGGUUUCACAAUUCCAUACUGAGGCGCCAGGAUAACGAUGGCAGUCCCAGCAAACCCUUGCAAUACUGCUGCCUGGCUGUGGGCUCGCGCGAUCGUUCGCUAUCCGUUUGGAUGACCGCCCUGCAGCGACCCAUGAUUGUCAUCCAUGAACUGUUCAACGAUAGCAUUCUCGACUUGUCGUGGGGCCCCAAGGAAUGCCUGCUGAUGGCCUGCAGUGGCGAUGGCAGCAUAGCCUGCCUAAAGUUCACCGAAGAGGAACUUGGCAAGGCCAUUUCCGAGGAUGAAAAGAAUGCCAUUAUACGCAAGAUGUAUGGCCAGAACUAUGUCAAUGGUCUGGGCAAGCAUGCACCGCUCCUGGAGCAUCCGCAGAGAUUGCUGCUGCCUCAGGGCGACAAGCCCACUAAAUUCCCAAUCAAUAACAAUAGUGAGGCCAACCAGCGACCCAUAAGCAAGCAAACGGAAACGAGGACAAAGGAUGGCAAACGCAGAAUCACUCCCAUGUUUAUACCUCUCCACGAAGACGGACCCACAUCGCUGAGCAUGAAUAUAGUGUCUAGCAGUGGAUCGGCCACAACAGCUUUAACUUCUUGCUCGGCGGCGGCCGGAGCGGUCUCGUCUGCUGCGCCAACGGAGAGCGCUGCCACGCCCCUGACGCCACUGGAGCCAUUGGUUAGUAAAUCGGAUCUGGGCCGCCUGGAUUCCAGAUUGAAAACCCAACCCGCCAGCCAGCGCCGUCAAUCAGUGCCCUUUGAUCCCGGCCAGACCAAUGAGUUGCCACGAUCUCCACGACUUGAGGAGCACCAAAGUAGCACCAGUGGCCCCAGCAAUCUCAAUGUCACGGCCACCGGAAAGAGUGAGUUCGUGAAGGCCGCUCUGGACUAUCGUCUGCAUGUCUCCAAUGGUCACCUAAAGACACAACACGGUAUGCUGGCCAAGGUGACCGCAUCGGAUUCGAAGGAAAUGCUUUGGGAAUUCUACGUUGGAUCUCCGCUGGUCAAUCUGAAUCUGUGUGGAAAGUACGCCAUGCUGUGCUCUCUGGAUGGGAGCAUGCGACUAAUUUCCAUGGAGACGGGCUGUCCAGUCUUUCCCGCCAUCUCGCUGACCAGUUCCGCAGUGCAUUGCGCCUUUAGUCCGGACAACAGUUUGGUGGGUGUGCUGACCGAGUGCGGAUUGCUGCGGAUAUGGGAUAUCGCCAAGAAGGUCAUCAGCCUGGCGGCCGGCUGCAUGGAGCUGCUCAACAAGCAUGGCACAGCCGCGCAGUUCUCGGUUACGAAUCAGGGAAUGCCCUUGAUUGGUUUCCCCAGUGGCAACUCGUACUCCUACUCGACGAGCCUGCAAUCGUGGCUGGUGCUGGCCACCAAGGAUGCGAUCAUGUACCAUGGAAUUAAGGGCACACUGCCCAGGGACAUGGACCAAAUGCAGCAGAAGUUUCCGCUCCUCAGCAUGCAGGCCAGCAGUCAGAAUUACUUUAGUUUCACUGGUAGCAUGGAAUUGAGGCAUUCGGAGAGCUGGCAGCAGAGCGCAAAAAUCAGGUUCAUCGAAAACCAGAUCAAGCUGUGCGAGGCCCUCCAGUCGCUGGAUGAACUGCAGCACUGGCACAAGAUGCUCACGUUCCAGCUGGCCACCCACGGCUCCGAGAAGCGGAUGCGUGUGUUCCUGGACGAUCUGCUCAGCAUGCCGGAGCCGGGAUUAUCACAGUUCGUGCCAAAGUUGGAGUUAAUGCAGUGCGUUCUGGAUACGCUGAAGCCGCAUUCCGAAUGGAAUCGCCUGCACUCGGAGUACGCGGAGCUGCUAAGGGAGUGCAAGUCGGAGAGGCAAAAGGAUAUCUUUGCCACACCCGCUCCGCCACAGCCGAAAGCGGCCUCUUCAGCGGGUUCAUCUCCCAGGUCAGGGGCCAUCGGAGAUGAGGCAACCGGGGAGGAGGUCACAGAAAAAGAUGGUGCAACAGCAGUAUCUGCUGCUGGAGGAUCGGGAUCACCAGCGGCUGUGACAACCGGCACAAGCACUACAACGACCACCAGAACCAGCAGCUCCCUUUCUUCAUCAGGUUCGUCAUCCUCAACCUCCGGAUCCGGAUCGUCCUCAUCUUCAUCAUCCUCGUCAUCGCUGUCUGUGCCACAGCCGGCACCUAGUCUCUCGCCAGAGAUUCAAACUCUAGACUCGCCCACCGUCUGCAUAGAUGAUGAGCUCUUGUCGGCCUCAUCUUCACUACCUCCGUUGGACACCUCUCCCGUGGAAGUUUCGCCAGCGUCCACGUCCGGUGGGGCUGCUUCCACAUCUCCUGCCGCCUCCGUGGCGGGGUCUGCUCCAGUGUCCAGUUCCAAAGCCGCUGAAACAGACCAGACAUGAGACGAAAGACUCCUAUCCCUAAUAAACCUCCUUAAUUGUGUGUAUUUCCCUAAGCUAUAAGCGUUAAUUGUAAAACCUUUUGUACCGAUUUACAUUAGGACCUUUGUACUCUUCCUGUCCGAAAGAAACGUCAGUUAUGCAAAUCAUUAAAGUUGAGUAAAAAUUGAA